AUGGCUUCCGCAUACUAUCUCGUCCAAGCAAUUCAUUCCCAUGCAAUUGCAGACCUCCAGAUGCGAGGAUGCCUGCAGUUAGCCAGGUGGCUGCGCGCAGCACCGAAAUGUCCUGCUGCAAGCCUUCUCAAGCCGCCGUCCGGCCUUGCUAAUCCAGCCCGGUUUUUCACGACUUCCGCCGCAUGCUGGGCAUCGCGCGGCAGGGCACCGGCCAGCCAGCCAGCCUCCGACCUUGAAUCAAGAAUCGCAGCUAUCCCGAUCGACCGAUACCGUAACUUUUGCAUUGUCGCCCACGUCGACCAUGGCAAAAGUACCCUCUCCGAUCGGCUGUUGGAACUUACCGGAACCAUCCAGCCUGGUAUGAACAAGCAGGUCCUGGACAAGCUUGACGUCGAGCGUGAACGGGGUAUCACGGUGAAGGCACAGACAUGUACAAUGAUUUACAACCAUAAUGGCGAGGACUAUCUGUUGCAUCUGGUGGAUACCCCGGGGCAUGUGGACUUCCGUGCGGAGGUUUCGCGCAGUUAUGCCAGUUGCGGAGGAGCGUUGCUGCUAGUCGAUGCCAGUCAAGGUAUCCAGGCUCAGACAGUCGCCAACUUCUACCUCGCGUUCUCUCAGGGCCUGGAGCUGAUUCCCGUCAUCAACAAGGUGGACCUGCCGUCCGCUGACCCGGACCGUGCUCUUGACCAAAUGGAACAGUCCUUUGAGCUUGACACGGAAAGUGCAGUAUUGGUAUCAGCCAAGACCGGUCUAAAUGUACAUCAAUUACUUCCUACUGUGGUUGAGAAGAUUCCGGCACCGGUGGGAGAUGUUAACAACCCCCUACGGAUGCUCCUCGUUGAUUCCUGGUAUGAUUCGUACCGAGGUGUCAUCUGCUUGGUCCGCGUUUUCGACGGUGAAAUCCGGGCAGGAGACCAGCUUGUGUCGUUCGCGACUGGAAUCAAAUACUUCGUGGGUGAGGUCGGCAUUAUGUAUCCCAAUGAGACUGCCCAGUCGGUCCUUCGCGCUGGCCAGGUCGGCUACAUCUUCUUCAACCCCGGUAUGAAGCGAAGCAAGGAAGCCAAGAUCGGUGACACCUACACGAAGGUUGGGUUUGAAAAGGUUGUCGAGCCGCUUCCGGGCUUCGAAGAGCCCAAGGCAAUGGUUUUCGUGGCCGCCUAUCCCGUGGACGCGGAUCACUUUGAGCACUUGGAAGAUAGUAUUAACCAACUUUGCCUGAACGACCGGAGUAUUACUGUGCAAAAGGAAUCGUCUCAUGCUCUUGGAGCAGGUUUCCGGUUAGGCUUCUUGGGAACACUGCAUUGCUCUGUCUUUGAGGACCGUCUGCGCCAGGAGCACGGUGCCAGUAUCAUCAUUACUCCUCCUUCCGUUCCCGUGAAACUUAUCUGGAAAGACGGCAGGGAAGAGAUUAUCUCCAACCCCGCCAAGUUCCCGGAGGAUGAAGAGUUGCGCGGUAAGAUAUCCGAAAUUCAGGAGCCUUAUGUCGUCGCUACUUUGACCCUCCCCGAUGAGUAUCUCGGAAAGGUCAUCGAGCUCUGCGAAUCCAACCGAGGCGUGCAGAAGAGCCUUGAGUACUUCACAUCGACUCAGGUCAUUCUCAAGUAUGAUCUGCCCCUUGCGCAGCUGGUCGACGACUUCUUCGGAAAGCUCAAGGGCUCUACUAAGGGCUACGCCACCCUUGAUUACGAGGAAUCGGCGUGGCAAACAAGCAACAUCGUCAAGUUACAACUUCUGGUGAACAAGGCGCCAGUAGAUGCGGUCGCAAGGCUCGUGCAUUACAGCCAAGUAGAGCGAUUGGGCAGACAAUGGGUGACCAAGUUCAAGCAGCACGUUGACCGACAGCUCUUCGAGAUCGUUAUCCAAGCAGCUGUUGGCCGCAAGGUUGUGGCGCGUGAGACCGUCAAGCCGUAUCGGAAGGAUGUCCUCGCGAAGCUGCAUGCCAGUGAUGUCAGUCGGCGCAGGAAGCUCUUGGAGAAGCAGAAGGAGGGACAAAAGUUCGUCGCCGACCCCGCCGCCGCGGUCGUCUGCAAUUUCUCCCCCUCCCGCGGUCGCUUUCUCCUGCUGGCUUUCCUUCCUCCAGAUCCACAAGCUGCAGUGCUGCAGGGUGCAAUACUGAUCAUCAUUUGUCUGGGCGACCUUCUUGCUCGUCGUACGCCUCCAGAAGGUGUGCAGGUCGACCUGGGCAAGGCCCAGGUCAUUGACCGCGUUCCCAAGGUUAUCAAGGAGUUGAAGUUUGGUGUUCUGUCCAACGAUGACAUUGUCAGCCAAGGUGUGGUGGAAGUUUCGGAUCGCAAGUUCUUCGAUCUCGACCACGAUCGAGCGGUGGUAGCCAAUGGUCCUCUCGAUGCGCGCAUGGGUAUUUCCAACAAGACCUCAUCAUGUCAGACUUGUGGUGGCGCCCUCCAAGUUUGCAAUGGACACUUCGGUCACGUCAGGCUCGUGUUGCCUGCUUUCCACGUCGGUUAUUUCAAGCGAGUCAUCACUAUACUGCAGGAAGUUUGCAAGGAAUGUUCGCGCAUUCUGCUCCCCGAAGCCGAUCGCCGUGCCUACCUUCGUGAAAUGCGUCGUCCUGGGUUGGAUAAUUUGCGGCGCGGCCAGAUUGCGAAGCGGAUUAACGAGCGGUGUCGCAAGACACGCAACUGCGAGGCCUGUGGUGCGGUUAACGGUGUGGUGAAGAAAGCUGGAACGAGCGCCCUCAAAAUCACUCACGACAAAUUCCGUGCAUUCAACGCCUCGACGUCCGUCAAGAAAGUUCCGCCGCCUAGCAAGAUUGUUUUCGAUAGGUCAUUCGACGAAGCCAGAACGUCCAACGCGGAGGUUGAGAAACAUUACAAGAAGGCCCAGGAUGAUAUGAACGCUCUCCGCGUGCUGAACCUGUUCAAGAAGAUUUCCGAUACCGAUUGUGAGCUCUUGGGUCUAAACCCGAAAGAAGCAAGGCCGGAAAUGUUCCUCUGGCAGUUCAUCCCCGCUCCUCCGGUGUGUAUUCGUCCUUCCGUCGGUCAGGAUGCGGCGUCCACCGAGGAUGAUUUGACAGCCAAGCUGGGCGACAUCGUCCAGAGCAAUAUCAACCUGAAGAACGCAUUGUUGAAGGGUGCGCCGGUACAGACAAUCAUGGAGUGCUGGGACUACAUGCAGCUACAGAUCGCUGUGUAUAUCAACAGCGAUGUGCCAGGUCUGAACAAGGCAGACCUUGGAAAGCCCAUUCGUGGUUUUGUGCAGCGUUUGAAGGGUAAGCAGGGUCGAUUCCGUGGUAACUUGUCCGGAAAGCGUGUGGAUUUCUCAGGCCGUACUGUCAUUUCCCCCGAUCCUAACCUGCGGGUCGACGAGGUUGCGGUCCCUGAGUUGGUGGCCAAGAACAUGACCUAUCCCGAAGUUGUUACUCGGUACAAUAAAGAGAAGCUACAGCAGAGAGUCCGAAACGGCACGAAGAAGUGGCCGGGUGCAAACUACAUCAUGAAGAAGGGCCAGACAUUCAAGCUCUUCCUUAAGUAUGGUAACCUGAACAUGAUUGCCGACCAACUGCAGGAGGGCGAUGUUAUUGAACGUCACAUCGAGGACGGUGAUAUUGUUCUUUUCAACCGACAGCCCUCUCUGCACAAGCUCAGUAUUCUGUCUCACUUUGCCAAAGUCCGUCCUCACCGGACGUUCCGAUUGAACGAGUGUGUCUGUAACCCUUACAACGCGGAUUUCGACGGAGACGAGAUGAACCUGCACGUGCCUCAGACGGAGGAGGCGAGAGCUGAAGCGAUGGAACUGAUGGGAGUUAAGAAUAACUUGGCUACGCCCAAGAACGGAGAGCCGAUUAUUUCUGCCAUUCAAGAUUUCAUUAGUGCUGCCUACAUUCUCAGUAGCAAGGACAACUUCUUCGACCGCCGCUCGUUCACCCAGAUUUGCCUGUACAUGCUGGGUCCGCAGACACGCUUCGACCUCCCCCCUCCUGCCGUGCUUAAGCCUCAGAUGUUGUGGACCGGAAAGCAGGUUUUCAACAUUCUCAUGCGGCCGAACAAGGACGACCCUGUUUUGGUCAACCUGGAUGCUGCAUGCAGAGAGUUCAAGGCACCCAAGGAUGGUAGACCACGCGAUCUAGACCCGAAGGAUGCCUGGCUCGUCAUCCGAAACUCUGAGGUGAUGUGUGGUGUGAUGGAUAAGUCCACCAUUGGUUCCGGAAAGAAAGACAACGUCUUCUAUAUUAUGCUGAGAGAUUACGGGCCGGUGGCGGCUGCUGAGGGUAUGAACCGCUUGUCCAGGCUCUCAGCCCGCUGGUUUACGAACAUGGGAUUCUCGAUCGGUAUUACCGACGUAUAUCCCAGCGAAAAGCUCUUACGUUCGAAGCAUAACCUCGUCGAAACGGCCUACGCACAGUGUGACGAAGUCAUUGCCAAGUACAAGGCAGGCACGCUGGAGAAAUAUCCUGGUUGUGACGAAUUGCAAACCAUGGAGAACCAAUUGUCCGGUAUUCUCAGUAAGGUCCGUCAGCAGGCAGGUGACGAGUGUAUUGCUCAACUGAGCAAGUACAACUCGCCCCUAAUCAUGGCCACGUCUGGAUCCAAGGGUUCCAGUAUCAACGUGUCCCAGAUGGUUGCCCUGGUCGGACAGCAGAUUAUCGGUGGUCAGCGUGUGCAGGACGGCUUCCAGGACCGUACCCUGCCGCACUUCCCCAAGAACGCUCGCCAGCCCCCGUCCAAGGGUUUCGUCCGGAACAGUUUCUUCUCCGGACUCGAGCCCACGGAGUUCAUCUUCCACGCCAUGUCCGGUCGUGAAGGUCUGGUCGAUACGGCUGUCAAGACUGCCGAGACGGGUUACAUGUCUCGUCGGUUGAUGAAGUCGCUCGAAGAUCUCUCGACCAGAUAUGAUGAUACCGUGCGUAACUCGUCGGCGGCCAUUGUCCAGUUCCAGUAUGGUGAUGAUAAGCUUGAUCCCUUGGAUAUGGAGGGUAAGGCCAAGCCUGUCCACUUCGACCGGACUUUCAUUCACGCCGAAUCCACGACUUACAAGAACGACGAGCGGAGUUUGCUUCCGGCUGAGAUUAUGGAGAUCUGCGAGGAGAUGCUUUCGAAGGAGCGCUCCAAGCUGGUGCGGAAGGAUCUGAUGGGCAACGAGCUCGGCUACAUGGAUCGGUCUGACCAUGGUAUUGAUCAGUUCGAGAGUGCUCGUGACUUCCUCGAGUCUAUCCAGCAAUACGUCGCUACGAAGGCUGACAAGCUAAUUUCCCGCGGUGGUGACAUCGACCCCAACGACGAGAGAAGUCAGAAGGGUCUCAACCACACCGGCAAGCUGACCGAGCGGACACUCCGCACUUUCAUCUCCUCAUGUUUGAUGAAGUACAAGAAGGCCCAGGUCGAGGCCGGCCACGCCGUCGGUGCAGUUGGUGCACAGUCCAUUGGCGAGCCUGGUACGCAGAUGACGCUGAAGACUUUCCACUUUGCUGGUGUCGCUGGUAUGAGUAUCACGCAGGGUGUACCCCGUAUUAAGGAAAUUAUCAACGCGUCGAAGGAGAUCAGUACGCCUGUCGUUGCUUGCGAGCUCGUCACGAAGGACAACAUCAUCGCGGCGCGGAUCGUCAAGGGACGUAUCGAGAAGACCUACUUGCGAGACAUUAUCCACUAUGUCCGUGAGACAUGGACGGGCAAGGAAGCCUACAUCACGGUGAAGAUCAACUGGAAGACAAUUCAAGACUUGGCGCUGGAGCUGAAGAUCGAGAACAUCUUGUCGGCGAUCAAGAACCACAAGCGGUUCAAGGCGGACGAUCUGAAGUUCCGCUGCUCACGGUCCCACAUUCACGUCUACAUGGACGUGGACCCGUCCACCAAGGCCAACCUGUCUAAGACGGAGAUCGCCCACACCAGUUCCGAUCCUUUCCUCCGUCUGAAGCACCUGAAGCGCAUGCUUCCCGACAUCCAAGUCCUGGGUCACCCCCAGGCCUUCCGUGCCAUCAUCCGAACCGACGAGACGUCUACCACCAACACGCUUCUGGUAGAAGGCUACGGUCUUCGGGAGUGUAUGACGACGAUGGGUGUGGACGGACUGCGCACGUCAACCAAUAACGUGAUGGAGAUGCGGGACGUUCUCGGUAUCGAGGCAGCGCGGACGACCAUCGUGCAGGAAAUCAGCGAGGUCAUGAAGGACAUGGACAUUGAUCCGCGACACAUGCAGCUGCUGGCCGAUGUCAUGACCUACAAGGGUGAAGUGCUGGGUAUCACGCGAUUCGGUCUCGCGAAGAUGCGUGACUCCGUGCUGCAGCUGGCGUCGUUCGAAAAGACGGCAGACCAUCUGUUCGACGCUGGUGGCGCGGGUCGCAGCGAUCUCAUCGAAGGUGUGUCCGAGUGUAUCAUUAUGGGCAAGACGGUGUCGCUGGGAACGGGAGCCAUGGAGGUGGUACGCAAGAUGAACUUCUUCGAGGGACAGAUCGGGGCACGCAAGACGACGUUCGAAGAUACAUGGAGCGAGGUGUACGAGGCGCCAUUGGAGAGAGCCAAGGCAGCUCGUCGCAAGCGAUCAUGAUAUAUACAUAAAAAAUCACUCGAUAACGAGGACUUGUAAAAGGGACGGGUUAAAAGCAUACCAGGCGUUGUAUGUUGUGUACUUGUGUACUUUUAGCGAUAGCAGAAAACUGCAAUUUCAC